CAAAAGAGCCUGCUUCGGUGGGAGAGUCGACGAGAAUUCCAUUUCCUGGACCAUAGAACCGGAACCACUCGGCCCAACUCAGCUCAUGGAGAACGCGGAUCCGAUCGAAGAAGAUGUCGAUAGUGCAACGGAAGUGUUCGAUGAAAGUACGUUGAGUAUAAAAACUGCGGCCAAUGACACUGUCGUUCCAGCUAUUUGGCAGCGUUACCAUCGCCGGCAUAAGGCGGACGGGAAUAUGACGCUUCACUUUGAAAUAAUAUCUGCCCGUAUUAUGCCCGAGCCACCCGCCGAGGGAACUGCCGAAGCUCCGGCGGGUACAAACGGUACCAAAAAGUACGUCGUAUACGUCGUGAACGUUCGAAAAGAUGGCUCUCCACGGGACCCAUUUCCGACGAGCAUCGAUCGGCGGUACACCGACUUCCUGAAGCUGUACGAGGGGCUACGAAAGGAUCAUCAAGCUCUGCUGCAGUCCUGCAGCUUCCCGAAGAAGGUGCUAAUGGGCAACUUUACCGCCAAUCUGAUCGGCGAACGCAGCAGCGCCUUUGAAGCGUUUCUCGACCAUAUCAUGUGCGUGCCUUUGCUGCGUGAUUCCGAGCAUUUUCUAGAGUUUAUACAGUAUGAGGAGCUAAAGAGAGCGUGUCAAUUAUUGGACGAACGGCGAAACGAGCUGGCCGUGCCACUGCUGGAGAACUGCUUCCGCUUGCUGAACAAACUGUUUCUCGAUAAGUCCAGGUGUGUUUUGUUGCUGCUGUGUCGGCUUGUGGCCGCAUGCACCACCUCACCCAUACCCCAUUCGUCCGCCGAACAGUGGGCCGAGCUUGCCUUGCGACGGUAUGAACACGUGUGCGACACGGAGCUGUUGGCGCUGUACAUUCCGCUGCUACAAACAUGCCUUCACCUCUGGUGGCAACGGGGUCGAGAUCGUAGCCUGAUAGAGGAGCGCUUGAACGAGAUUGGCAAGAAGGGCGUAAAAGUUAAAGGAGGCCCAACGCUGGCACAAGCCAUCCACGCACUGGAUCCACGUGCCGAAACGAUUUAGAUCGUGACGAGAGGCAAAACCAACGCAUCACAAGUUAGCAACCAACCAUCACAAGUGCAUCAUCACAUAUUUUUGUAUUCUUUUUAACACCCUGACAAACGUGUGCCGUGUUGUGUUUGAUUUCUUUUCGAUUUUUACUGCGAUAUUUGUUAGAUUUAAAUUUGGUUUUACGAACCGGUUUUACAGGCCGGUCAUGUAGCGCGCUAAAGUGAUAAAUAGAGUUAAGUGAAUUUGAUGUAUGUUUAGUUGCUUAAUGCCAUAGUCUUUC